AUGGAUCCUCCAGGCCUGGCACCUCUCGCCGAGAUGGCGAUGAAAUGCCGUAAGGAGCUCAACUCGCUCGCCGGCAAGUACGCCAGAACCACGACCUCGUUUCGGAUCCAUCAGAUCGAGUUCCGGGAGUGGCUCGCAGCGUAUCACGUUUUCGAGAAGGAGAACGUGGAGUGGUCGCUGGAUUAUCUUGUUCGGAACAAGCUUGAGGCGCGCUGUACGAUCUACAUCGGGCUGGAGUCUUUGCUGCUUGAGAUUUAUUCCGCGAAGAAACAGAUACGCGAUGUCGAGGCUGCCGGCUUGUCUUCCGAGGCUACUUCGUCUGGAACUACGUCCAAGGAGGUAGUCAAGAAGGACGCCGCUGGACCUAAUCAGGAUGCGUUGAAAGCUGUCUUGGCCGUGUGCCAGAAUGACAUGUACUGCGUCGUUCAGCUGCUCGGCAGCGUCACUGAGGUUCUCGCGCGGGCCAGCACAUACGUGCACAGCGAGUUGAUGACCCGACACCCCGAGUUUGUCGUGCGUGACGAGUGGGAAGCCGACGUCAGCCAGGUGUUCGAGAUGCUGAUGAAGCACGCCAUUAGCGUGAAAUGCCAGGUGCGCAACGAGCUGCUCCAUCGCCGUCUGGCGGAGAUGAUCUGCCGUCGUCGCCGGGCGCUGAACUAUCACUGGCGCUACCACGACCACUCCCCGAUGAACAUCCUGAGAGACAACCUCAACCCGCCGACCUUCUGGGUGACGAUGCGAGCCGCAGAAAGCGGACAGCAUCCAGCUCCGCCUACCCUCGCGCCGGGCCAGGAGAGAAACCACGUCCUCAACGACCUAGAGCCGUACGUCUGCGUAUUCAUCGAAUGCCGCGCCGCAACCAAGACCUUCCGCAACAAGCACGAAUGGCUGUACCACAUGGAAGUGCAUCACGGGUCGACCUGGAAGUGCCUGGAGGCGAAAUGCCGCAACCGCACAUUCCACACGCAGAUCUCGUUCGAGCAGCACGGCAUCAACGCCCACGACUACACCACCUCGCAGAUGAGCUACGUAUGCCGGUACUCGCGCCGUCCGUCGCCCGCCGUGCUCCGCUCGUGCCCCUUCUGCGGCCCGCGCGCCGGCGACCCGCCCGCCAACGACGAAGCCUACAUCCGGAACCUCGACGCCCACGCCGCCGCGCACCGCCUGUACGACCACGUCGCCGCCCACCUCGAGCAGUUCGCCCUGCUGGCUCUGCCCUUCAUCCCCGAUGCCCCGGUCUUCCCCGGCCGGAACCCCGAGUACCUGCGCCGCCGUCGCCGUGAGCGCCAAGCCGAUAAUGACUGGGAGUGGGAUUUCAGUGAUACCCUGUCGUCGCCGGUGAGAGGCCGCAGGGAUGUCUGUCCUGGCUCCUCGCGCUCGUCCGUCUCGACGGCUUCGUCGGACUCGUCGUGUCCUCUGACUCCUGACGGGUUUGAUCUCUCUGAGCUGGUUUCGGUGGUGCCGCCGUAUACGAGUAUUGCUGGUUAUGAGAUUUUGUUCGCCGAGGAGCUUGAUGAGGAUGAGUAG